GCUGUCUCGAGUCUAGAUUCCCUCGAGAUCCUCCAUUUUCUCGCAGAUUUUCGGCGGCCAUAGAUUUAUCGUCCAUCCGCCAACCGACACCAUGCUGUCUUUCCGUUCCGUCUUUGGGGCCUCGACCGGUGCCCUCCGUCAAAUUCUCCCCUCCUUCUCUCGCCGGUCCGCCGCUCUCGUUUCGCGCCCUUUUUCGCAAAUCGCUCGCCUCUCCCUUGGCAAUGGCCUUCGCCUUCUGCGCUCCGGGAAGCAGACCAACAAUGUCGGAGUUGCUAGUGUGGGGUCCACAUUGAGACAAGUUGAGCAGGUCCGGGGGAUGAAGACUCGCUCAUCAGUGAAGCGGUUGUGUGAUGGCUGCAAGCCUGUGCGGAGAAAGAACCGCGUCUACAUUAUCUGCUCCAAGAACCCGAAGCACAAGCAGCGCCAAGGGAAAUAGAUGGAUGGGAACGAUUGCGAGAGCAUGAGAGAAUGAGCGUACCUUCGAACGAGAUAUUGCUUGCAUUGAACAUCAACUGAAGCCGAUGGAACAGCUAGCAUUACUUGCAUGACCUCUGCCUGACCUUGUGACGGUGGUAAACAAAUCGUGGAUAGAUGUAUUGUGGGUAUACGGCUACUACUACUGGGUCUCGACAUUGGGAAAACCGCGCAUUUGCUAUGGGAUACGACCAACUGGUUGGUUAGGCGCUUUAUUGCAUUGUCUGUACAUUAAUUGUGUCUAUAUAUUGGAA